UGUUAGCAAUACACAUAAAAGUCAAUUUGAAACCAAAAACUGAAAAACCCUAUCAAUUCAUUCUGCCCGCCGCCUCCCUCUACAGUGAUCACACACUCUCCACUACCCUUCUCCCGCCGCCGCCGUUCCCCGUUCUGUCCCCCGGAAACCGUCCAUCCACACCGGCGCGGCGGCGAGCUUCGUCGAGUCCUUGCAGCGACCGCUCACCACUUCCCCAGUUCGGCGCCGGCCCGCCCCGCCUUCGGCCCCUUCCCCCUUUUCAAGUCGCAACGCCGGCUCUCCUCCCUUCUACGGUCGACAGAAGCAACUCCAGCAGCAGAAAGCAGAUAGUUAUGGCGGAGAAGAAACGGCUAAUAGCGUUAGGGUUUGAAGGCUCCGCCAACAAAAUUGCUGUUGGUGUUGUGACGCUGGACGGUUGCAUUUUGUCGAAUCCUCGUCAUACAUACAUCACACCGCCUGGGCAAGGUUUUCUCCCCCGCGAAACCGCCCAACACCAUCUCCAGCACGUGCUGCCGCUUCUCAAACAGGCGCUGACUGAGGCCAACAUUACAGUGGAGGAUGUCGACUGCCUUUGCUAUACCAAGGGCCCGGGAAUGGGUGCCCCUCUCCAAGUAUCAGCUAUAGUCAUUCGCAUCUUAUCACAACUUUGGAAGAAACCAAUAGUUGCAGUCAAUCACUGUGUAGCACAUAUUGAGAUGGGGAGGAUAGUGACUGGGGCAGAUGAUCCGGUUGUGUUGUAUGUGAGUGGAGGAAAUACUCAGGUCAUUGCCUAUAGCGAGGGCAGGUAUCGUAUCUUUGGGGAGACAAUAGAUAUUGCAGUUGGAAAUUGCUUGGACAGAUUUGCUAGGGUUCUUAAUCUGUCGAAUGACCCCAGUCCUGGCUACAACAUCGAGCAGCUUGCUAAGAAGGGAGAAAAGUUUAUAGAGCUUCCUUAUGUUGUGAAAGGAAUGGAUGUUUCUUUUAGUGGGAUAUUGAGCUAUAUUGAAGCAACAGCAGAAGAGAAACUUAAAAAUGAUGAGUGCACCCCUGCAGACUUGUGUUAUUCCCUGCAGGAAACUCUGUUUGCAAUGCUUGUGGAGAUCACAGAGCGGGCAAUGGCACAUUGUGAUACGAAGGACGUGCUAAUUGUUGGUGGUGUGGGAUGCAAUGAACGGUUGCAGGAAAUGAUGCGUGUUAUGUGUAGCGAAAGGGGAGGGAAGUUAUUUGCAACUGAUGAUCGAUACUGCAUUGACAACGGGGCGAUGAUUGCCUACACAGGGCUCCUUGCAUACGCUCAAGGCCAGACAACUCCGUUACAAGAAUCUACGUUUACUCAGCGAUUCAGAACGGAUGAAGUAUUAGCAGUUUGGAGAGGGAAGGAAGAAUUUAAAUUAAAUAGCAAUUGACAAGGUCAUCCACGUGUAUUAUUUGCUAUCAGGAUCUGUAUUAGGAUGUUGGAAAAAGAAUUACUCGAAGAUGUACUGAUUUAUACUGGGGAUUCUUUCUCUUUUCAUUUUUUUUUUGUCUAUUGAUCUUUGUAAUGGUUACUCUGUGCAACCGUGCAAGAAUGAUGACUCGAACUAAUUUCGAGUCCAAGGAUAGGCUUCUAAAGUUGAUGUUUUAUUA